AUUUUACCUUAGCUAGCAAAUGCACACUAAAUACUAGUCAUGUUUCUGUCUAGCUAACAUUAGCUAGUUACGAAGCUAGCCAGUAGCUUUAUGUUCCGUUUGCCUGCAUCUAUAAUGCUCUAAAAUUUCCAUCACAAUCAUUUAUUUUGUUUGUCUUCUACUUUGUUUUCAGACAGCAUUAGCUUCGACUGGUGGAAUGGUGGUCCAAGGUCCCCGGUUCGACCUUGAGCUCAGGUUACUGUCUGUGUGGAGUUUCUGUGAAUGUUCUCAGUGUGUUUGCAUGGGUUUCCUCCCACCAUCCAGGAACAUGCAGGUUGACUGAGUAUGCUAAACUGCCCAUAGGUGUGAAUGUGUAGGUGGACUGGUCACCCAUCCAGGAUGUAUUCCUACCCCAAGGCCAGUGUUCCAGUGUUCCCAGAUUAGACUCUCGAUCCACUGCCGUGCUCACUAGGAAAUAGAAAUGAUUGAAUGGAUUAGCUUCUACUCAUGCCUCAUAUUGUGGAAUGGUUAUAGCUAAAUUGUCCUGCAUCUGUGUUCUUGAAUCCUUGAUGGUUGAUCUCAAAAAACAAGCUGGCCAUUUAGACUUUGAAUUAUUUUAGAAAAUGCCUCACUUCAGAUCAAGCUAAUAAAUGCUAUUUUGGUACACUGUGUCUCAGAACACUGGGAGUAUCCUGUAUCGGAUGUGUAGGAGGGUUGAGAGAAUCUCCGUUUAGACAGAUAGCCUCCCAUCGUACUACAGCUGUACUAUGAGAGAUAUUAAUACCCAGUGCUGUGAGGAAAAGCGCCUGCAGAGUGGUCUGUGUGUUUCAAUAUCAUUAUGAAGGACUGGGAUGACAUUAAGUCACAUUUCUGGCUUGCAUCAUGUAAAAUGCAUGUACUGUAUACAGUGGAUGUUUGUGUAUAUUAGUGUAUAAGAGCUCCAUCCAUUUUUAGUCAUAAGCAGCAGCGCCAUAAUGGGUAUGCACAGACAGGCAGGAAAUCCCAGCAUUAUAGCUUCCUGUGUGACACUCUGCAAAGCACCAGGGCUUUAUCCAUUACAGCCAGGUUAUAGCAGGAGAGAUAGGUGGAGAGAGGAAAAGAUAGAGGGAAAACAAGUGAGGGGUGAAAUGAGCUGCUUUCAGUGCCACUCUAAUGCUAUUAGUGGCACUUUUUCAUCUCCCGAGUUCCCCCUCAGAGCCCCCCGCUGAUGAAUGGUGUGCUGCUAUGGGAAAGAAGUGACAGAGCAAGGGGGAGAAAGAGAGAGAGAGAGAGAGAGAGAGAGAGAGAGAGAGAGAGAGAGAGAGAGAGUCAGAGAGGAGGAGCUGCAGAUCCUACAGCAGAAAGGCUGUUGCUAGUGACCAGGCAGCAGUAUCAGCCAGCACUUCCUCACUCACUCACACACACACACACACAUACACAUACUCUGUGUUUCUGUUGAGAUAGCAGCAGGCAAGGGUGGACGCUUGUGCGCUGCCAUGCGCACCCAGCAGGGCGGCGCUGAGGGCUCUGUGCCCCUGCCCGGGGGUAGUUGUGGCAGUAGCAGUGGGAGUUCAGGCUUGUCACCCGGAUCAGACUCGGAUGCCAGUCUCGGGCCUGGAACUUACACUGGGUAUGGGGGAACCCUGAGGGGCAUCUUAUCCCGAUAUUGGAGCCUUGAGAGCCUUCACUCCACCACGGCGGUGAUCCUUCCUGACGGAGCUCCAGAGAAGCUGGGUGCAGGUGAUGAGGCUGGCAGUGAAGAGGAUCUCUACGAGGAGCUACGCAGUUCAGGACAUCGCUUCCCUCAUCCAGGAGGAGCAGGAGAGCAGCUGGCCAUAAACGAGCUGAUCAGCGAUGGCAGCGUGGUGUAUGCCGAGGCAUUAUGGGAUCACGUCACCAUGGACGAUCAGGAGCUUGGCUUCAAGGCUGGAGACGUCAUUGAAGUAGUGGACGCCACAAACAAGGAGUGGUGGUGGGGACGCAUCCUGGACAGCGAGGGCUGGUUUCCAGCCAGCUUUGUCAGAUUGCGUGUGAACCAGGAUGAGCCGAUGGAGGAUUACCUGGCACAGCUGGAAGAGGCUCAGGAGGAGCAGAGCUCUGGCGUUGGGCUGCUCCUCGGACCUGGCCUUCCCUGCAAAGAGCAGAUGAGGACCAACGUCAUCAAUGAGAUCAUGAGCACAGAGAGGGACUACAUCAAACACCUAAAGGACAUCUGUGAGGGUUACAUCAAACAGUGCCGGAAGCGCAUGGACAUGUUCACAGAAGAUCAGCUGUGCACCAUCUUCGGAAACAUCGAGGACAUCUAUCGGUUCCAGAAGAAGUUCCUGAAAUGUCUGGAGAAGCGGUUCAACAAGGACGAACCUCAUCUCAGUGAAAUUGGCUCCUGCUUUUUAGAGCAUCAAACAGAUUUCCAGAUCUACUCGGAGUACUGUAACAACCACCCGAACGCCUGUGUCCAGCUCUCCAAGCUUAUGAAGCUCAACAAGUACGUGUUCUUCUUCGAGGCCUGCCGUCUGCUGCAGAAGAUGAUUGACAUUUCUCUGGACGGUUUCCUCCUCACUCCGGUCCAGAAGAUCUGCAAGUACCCGCUGCAGCUGGCCGAGUUACUGAAGUACACCAACCCCCAGCACAGGGACUACAAAGACGUGGAGGCAGCUUUAAAUGGGAUGAAGAACGUGGCCAGGCUGAUUAACGAGAGAAAGCGGCGUCUGGAGAACGUGGAUAAGAUCGCUCAGUGGCAGAGCUCCAUCGAGGACUGGGAGGGUGAAGACAUCCUCAGCAGGAGCUCGGACCUGAUCUACUCCGGAGAGCUCACGAAGAUCUCUCCACCUCAUGCCAAGAGCCAGCAGCGCAUGUUUUUCCUCUUCAACCACCAGAUGGUCUACUGUAAAAAGGAUCUGCUGCGCAGGGACAUCCUGUACUACAAGGGCAGGGUGGACAUGGACCAGAUGGAGGUGUUGGAUGUGGAGGACGGGAAGGACAGGGAGCUGAACGUGAGCGUGAAGAACGCGGUGAAGCUCCGCUCGCUCGGUGGAGACGAGCUCCAUCUCCUGUGUGCUAAAAAACCCGAACAGAAACAGCGCUGGCUCCGAGCCUUCAGAGACGAGAGGGAGCAAGUGCAGCAUGACCGAGAAACAGGUUUUUCCAUCACUGAGGUGCAGAAGAAACAGGCCAUGCUCAACGCCUGUAAAAGCCAUCCAGCUGGCAAGCCCAAAGCCGUGACCAGGCCCUAUUACGACUUCCUGCUGCGGCAGAAACACCCGACGCUCCCUACCAGCCUCCCGCAGCAGCAGGUCUUCAUGCUGGCCGAGCCCAAACGCAAGAGCUCCAACUUCUGGCACAACAUCGGCCGACUGACGCCUUUCAAAAAGUGAACGAGUCCGAGAGAGAGAGAGAGAGAGAGAGAGAGGAGCUCUCAGCUUGUGCCUGAACUUUACCCUUCUAUCCUCCUUUAAUUAUUAUUAUUAUUAUUAUUAUUAUUAUUAUUAUUGUUGUUGUUGUUGUUUUUUUAUUCCAUCGCCAUGGUUGUACAGACCGCUCCACAGAUUUAUUGUAACCGUGUUUGAUUUUUGGAGAAAGCACUUUAUUAAGGUGGUUGCAGUCAGACUUGGUGACUGGCUCCCUGGGACUGUGUCAAUAUUUGUUUUUGGGGGGUUUUUUUGGGAGUCGUUUAUUUCCUGGAGCUCUGAUUAGCCCCUGUACACACUAAUAUCACUAACUUGGUGGUGUUUUUUUUUUUCUCCAUGUCAGCAGAUGCCAAUUGUACACAGUGCCAGAUGAGUUUGCUUUUCAUAUUUAAGUUUGUUCCUUGUCACCUGAAAAAGUAAAUAAGAGUUAUUACA